AUGUCAAAUGUUACAGUACUCUUACAAAACCUACAAGGGGCUACAUCCGUUAAAACUUCUAAUAUUACACAGCCACGAUGCUUAAUUUAUGAUCGUGUACAAAAUUAUAUAGUUACUAUUGAACAAAAAACAAAUUCUACAUUGAAACGUUUUAAUGCGACAACACUUGCAUUGAUAGAUCAAUUAUCACUCGGUGUUUCUGGAAAUAAUCUUUUGUUUUACGAUAAUUCAUACUUCCUCUCUCUAGCCAAUAAUAGUAUAAUGGUUUAUAAUAGUAGUACACAAUCUUUAAUAGCAAAUAUUUAUCAUUCAUCAAUUACUAGUCCACGUGAUAUGAUAUUUAUUCAAAAUUUUCUAAUUAUUGCAAAUACUGGCAAUGCACAACUAUUAUUUUUCCAACGCUAUUCAUCAACAAAUUACACUUAUUUAAAACAAAUAUCAACAACAGCAGUUAAUCCACAUGGUUUACAUUACAUAAGUGAUUCUCUAUUUUAUCUUACUUCAUGGUAUAACAAUGAAAUUUAUUCAUUCAGUCAAGAACAAUAUUUUCAGUUUGGUCCAAAAUCACAAUGGACUUCAAUGACUGCGAUAUUACCAUGGACACAAACAUUACUUGUACCAAAUCCUAAUUCUACUUUACAUGGCGGUGAUCAUGUGACAAUAGAUGAUUGUCAGAGAGGAUGGUUUUCAUUUCAAAAUUUUGGAUUGAAAGUUUACAACAGUUCAUGGACAAAUAUUGCUGAUUGGCGAUAUGUAACUAACAUUUUCGAUAUGAUAUUUCUUGAUAAUUAUGUUAUGAUUAUGUCGGAUGAUAAUCAAAAUAGACUCAUACGUAUUGAUCCAGCGAUGGCAUGUUAA